UAGCUCCGCGCCUCCACCGGCGGCGGCGACAUUCAGAGAGGAGAUGGCGGCCAGAGGGGGGUUCCAGUCGGCACCGACGGCUGGUGGUGGUGGUGGAGGCGGAGGAGCAAUGGGACCUGGACCUCCGGUACCGGGCGCAGGACCGGGCAUGGGCCCGGGGACUCCGUCUGGGAGAAUGGGACCUUCGUCGGCCGCGCAGAACCACAUGUACCGCUCCCCGAUGCCCGGGCCGGGCUACCCGAGACCAGGCAUGCCUCCAUCCAACCGUAUGACCCCACAGGGACCAGCCAUGGGCCCCCCAGGGUACGGGGGCAGCCCCGUCUCUCGCCCCGGGAUGCCGGGGGUGAUGGAUCCGUCCCGCAAAAGACCGGCGCCCCAACAGAUUCAGCAGGUUCAGCAGCAGCAGAACCGCAACCAGCACACAAAGAAAAAGAAGAUGGCUGAUAAAAUUCUACCUCAGAGGAUCAGGGAACUGGUCCCAGAGUCUCAGGCUUACAUGGAUCUGCUGGCUUUUGAGAGGAAGCUGGACCAGACCAUCAUGCGCAAGAGGCUGGACAUUCAGGAGGCCCUCAAGAGGCCCAUUAAGCAAAAGAGGAAGCUGCGGAUCUUUAUAUCCAACACCUUUAACCCUGCAAAACCUGAUGCAGAGGAUGGAGAAGGAACUGUUGCAUCAUGGGAGCUUCGUGUUGAGGGGCGUCUGCUGGAAGAUACGGCUGUGUCCAAGUAUGAAGCCACCAAACAGAAGAGGAAGUUCUCUUCAUUCUUCAAGUCCCUGGUGAUCGAGCUGGACAAAGACCUGUACGGUCCAGAUAAUCACCUCGUGGAAUGGCACAGGACCGCCACCACCCAGGAGACGGACGGUUUCCAGGUGAAGAGGCCAGGUGACGUGGGAGUCCGUUGCACCGUUCUGCUCAUGCUUGAUUAUCAGCCCCCUCAGUUCAAGCUGGACCCACGACUGGCUCGCAUGUUGGGGAUCCACACCCAGACCAGACCCGUCAUCAUUCAGGCCCUGUGGCAGUACGUCAAGACCCACAAACUCCAAGACCCGCAUGAGCGCGAGUUCAUCAACUGUGACAAAUACCUGCAGCAGAUCUUUGAGACCCAGAGAAUGAAGUUUUCUGAGAUCCCGCAGCGUUUGCAUGCACUCCUGAUGCCUCCGGAGCCCAUCAUCAUCAACCACGUGAUCAGUGUGGACCCCAAUGACCAGAAGAAGACUGCUUGCUAUGACAUUGAUGUGGAGGUGGACGACACGCUCAAGACUCAGAUGAACUCCUUCCUGCUCUCCACAGCGAGUCAGCAGGAAAUCGCUGGACUGGACAACAAGAUCCAUGAAACCAUCGAGACCAUCAACCAGCUGAAGACCCAGAGGGAGUUCAUGCUGAGUUUCGCCAGAGAUCCUCAGGGCUUUAUCAACGACUGGCUGCAGUCCCAGUGCAGAGACCUCAAGACCAUGACAGAUGUGGUGGGAAACCCAGAAGAGGAGCGUAGAGCGGAGUUUUACUACCAGCCGUGGGCUCAGGAGGCGGUCUGUCGCUACUUCUACUCCAAGGUCCAGCAGAGGCGGCAGGAGCUGGAGCAGGCGCUGGGCAUCAGGAACACCUAAACACACACACACACACACACACACACGUGCAGCAGGAAAUGAGAAGAAACCAGUAAUAUGUGUGUGAGAUGUUCACUGACUUUCUGACAAACGUAGAGAGACGUAGAUGUUAGAAGGUUUCACCGUCAUAUAGGAUGUCCGUUUUUGUUUGGUCUUCACCCUGCAGCUUGACUGCAGUUUGGUUUCAUUUUUGUAGGUUUUCCUCACACCAGAGCUCCUUGAGCACAUUUUUUUUUUUUAUUUCAUUAUCAUUUCUCCUGCAUGUCUAAGGCUUACCUCGAUGCAUUCCUUUCAUUUUGAUACACUGUUUUCACACAAAAGUACAGAUUGUACAGAAAUGAAAAGCAGAGGGAAAAUUGUGCCUGGAUGCGAUGCAUUAAGUCCCUGGAACAAAAACAACACCCCACAUCAUCUGGAAUGUGUCGAGUCCACUGUGGCUCUUUUGUUCCCCCACACUUUUUUUUUUUUUUAUAUUUUAUUUUAAAGUUAAAUUUGAUAUUUUUGAUUCCUGGCGCAGCCCGCAGACUCUCGCCCGUUGAUUUGAAUAUUGAUUGUGAUUGUGUUUGUAAUCAGUCGGGCUGUUCACGUGUCACUGUGUGUUAGGUUUUGACAGUUUGAAGCACAGAGAGAUGUUUUAAAGCUCAACCAAUCAUAGCAGAAUAUACAUUGUUGUGGCAAAGCGGUUAUCGUUUGUUAAGGGUGCCAUUUAGUAUGAUGUUUUUUUUUUCUCCUUUUUGUUAUUAUCAAUGCUCCUUGUUUUAAUAAUAUGUAUUAUAUCCGUACUUGUCUUGUUAGCUAGUACAGAUUAUCAUGGAAGUAGCUAGUCUGAGUACCUCUAGUCUAAUAUAGUUUUGUAAAUACUGAGCAGAAAAAAAAACUGAUGGAUGUGAAGUAAACUCGUAUCACUUAUCUUGGCCGAUCUUUUUCUCGAGUCUUUGUCUACGCUCAGAUAGUUGAACCAGUAUUUAUAUUAUGAAUCGGCCCCCGCUCUCAGUGACUUAACUCCACGUGAAGGCCGCAGUCUGCAGGACCGCGCCGGCAGAUUUUUAGAGUUUAAACUUCUGCGCUUUUGGUUAUGUGCAUUUGAAUUCUGAGCAGAGAAGCCGUAAACAACGAGUUGUAGCUUCUUUGUACACUGACUGAAGACUGGACCUCUUUGGUCUAAGUGGUCACUUCCCUGUUGGAGGUUGAGAUGAGGGUCCUGGCCGAAAUUUGUUGCUCAUUUUAUUAACGAAUUGCAAGAAUACACUAACGAGGGUUUGGACAGGUGAAUGAUUUGACGUGAACGCUGGAGAACUUCUGCAGCGUGAAAAACAACACAACACUGGGGGAGGGGCUGUAGAGUUAUAUGAAUCUGCAGACUUUUUCAUGGACCAAACCUAUUUUUCUGUAUGUUCUUAUGUUAUAAUAAAGGAUAUGUAAAAUA